AUGGUCGUGCCGGUGCUAAUGGACUUCCUCGGCGACGCCAACCAGUCGUCGGCAGUCGAGGUGAUCCUCUUUGUGCGCGAGAUCCUCGAGACCUUCCCGCACCUGCGCGAGUCGGUGAUGAAGAAGCUGCUCGAGACCUUCCCAACCAUCCACUCGUCGCGCGUCGCGCGCGUCGCCCUCUGGCUCAUCGGCGAGUUUUGCGUCGCGGGCGAAGACGUCGCCGCCGGCUUCACCACGCUCAAGGCGUCGCUCGGCGAGCCCCCCUUUGUGCCGCCCGCGGAGGACGAGGCCGCCUCCAACGGCCCCGCAGCCGCGCCGCGCCCGGAGGGGAGACCAGUGGUGCUGGCGGACGGCACCUACGCGUCGGUCGUCGCGGCGGACGAGGCGGUGGGCGGCGACGACGGCACGCAGAGGCUGCGCGGCCUGCUGCUGGGCGGCGACUUUUUCCUCGCCACGGUGGUGGCCACCACGCUGACCAAGCUCGCGCUCCGCUCGCGCGAGCACCUGCCGACGCGGGCGGCCAACAUGGUCGCCGCCGACGUGAUGCUCAUCCUGACCGGGCUGCUGCAGCUCGGCAAGGCGGGCGGGGCGGGCGCGACGAUCGACGCGGACUCGCAGGAGCGGCUGCAGACGUACCUGCACCUGCUAUCGAGCCCGGGGGAGGAGGUGCAGGCCCUCUGCUUGGUCCACUGCCGCGAGGUCUUCUCGGCGAUGCUGCGCGAGCGCGCGGGCCAGGAGGAGGCGGAGAAGCCGGCAAAGGACGUCGCGCCAGAGGUGCACCGGCAAGCCGACGACCUGAUCUCGGUGCGGCAGCUCAAGGGGGGCAAGUCCGACACCGCGGCGCUCGAGCUGGACGACGACGACGACCCCGUCUCCUCCGCCGCGGGCGCCUUCACCGGCGAGCUCGACUUCGCCGCGCGUCUCAAGCGCGUGACGCAGCUCACCGGCCUCUCCGACCCGGUCUACGCCGAGGCGUACGUGCUGGUGCACUCGUACGACAUCAUGCUGGACGUGCUCGUCAUCAACCAGACGCAGGAGCCGAUGACCAACCUCUGCCUCGAGCUCGCCACCGUGGGCGACCUCAAGCUCUGCGAGAGGCCGACCGCUUACACGCUGGCGCCGGGCGAGUCCAAGCACAUCAAGGCAAACAUCAAGGUUUCGUCCACCGAGACGGGCAUCGUGUUCGGCUCGAUCGUGUACGACGCGCACGGCUCGACGCCGCCGGGCGGCGGCGAGAACCGCAACUGCGUGGUGCUCAACGACCUCCACAUCGACAUCAUGGACUACAUCGCGCCGGCGUCGUGCUCCGACCUCGCCUUCCGCGCGAUGUGGGCCGAGUUUGAGUGGGAGAACAAGGUUGCGGUCAACACGGACAUCACCGAGGUGAAGGAGUUCCUCGAGCACGUGAUGAAGAGCACAAACAUGCGCUGCCUCACCCCGCCCGCCGCGCUCGAGGGCGAGUCGGGCUUCCUCGCCGCCAACCUCUACGCAAAGUCCAUCUUUGGCGAGGACGCGCUCGUGCUGCGCCGCAUCCUAUGCGGAGGCGGCGGGAAGAAUCAAACCCAGGCGGCGCCGCCGUCCGAUGCGCCCGAGUGGAAGGCGCCGAACAGCUUCACCGACAGCGAUCGGCGGCACGCCAAGACGUCCGGCUUCUCCAUGUAG